UGGAUUAUAAAUCACGUUGACCCAUGAAGGAUUAUCUGGUUGCUGUUUGAGAAUCUCGUUUCUCUUUCAGCCUCGGCUUGUUCUGCCCAGAGGUAUUGGUGGCUUGGUGGUGGAAACUGGAAAGGGCAGAGGGGGAGGGGACCACCAAUGGCCAAGUGGCUUAAAGAUUACUUGAGUUUUGGGAGCCGGAGGUCUCCCCCGCAGCCCCCCAAGCCGGACUACACCGAAAGCGAGAUCUUAAAGGCCUAUCGGGCCCAGAAGAGCCUGGACUUCGAGGAUCCUUACGAAGACGUGGACAGCAAACCUGACCCAGACCCUGGGGGGUCCCCAAACAAAGUGGCGGCCGGCGGCGGCAAUUCUGAAGGGAAGUAUGGCUCUCCGAAACACCGCCUCAUCAAAGUGGACUCCUCCGAUCUCAACAGGAGCAAGGCUCUCUUGGCCACUGCCCCGGAAGAAGCAAUGGUGCCACCAGAUCAGCCCCUUGGUGAGAGUGAGUAUUCGGACCCCUUUGAUGCUCACCCAGAGCCGAAAGAAGACGGGGAGGAGGAUGUGGAGCUGGAAAACAAUGGCUACAUGGAACCUUAUGAUGCCCAAAAGGUGGUGGCUGAUCUCCAGCGCAAAAACGACAGGGAGGAGAGAAAGGUGAAGAAAUCCCGGAAGGGUCUACAGCUGUACGACACUCCCUAUGAGGAGAAGGAACCAGAGGCCAACCUGGAGGGCUCCUCUGCUGAUAAACCCCGUGAGAGCCGUCUGCCCCAGGACGAUGAGCGGCCAGCGGAUGAGUACGACCAGCCGUGGGAGUGGAAGAAGAACCACAUUUCUCGGGCUUUUGCAGUGCAGUUUGAGACCCCUGAGUGGGAACGGACGUCCUCGAUUUCCUCCUCUUCGGCGCUCGUGGAGCACUGGCACCAGCCAAAACACCUGACGGGCAGUUCCAAGUUUGGUCUCUCCCAGAGUCCAGAAGGCAGCCCCCCUGCAGCAGAGCGGGUAGACCCCUCGCUACCACUGGAGAAGCAGGCGUGGUUUCAUGGCACGAUCAGCCGAGCAGAAGCCGAAUCCCUCUUGACUCUCUGCAAAGAAGGCAGCUACCUGGUACGGAACAGCGAGACCAGCCGGAAUGACUACUCCCUGUCGCUCAGGAGCAGCCAAGGGUUUAUGCACAUGAAAUUUACCCGGACCAAGGACGGCAAGUAUAUUCUGGGCCAAAACAGCGCUCCUUUCGACAGCGUUCCAGAGGUGAUCCAUCAUUACACCGCGCAAGAGCUUCCCGUCAAAGGGGCUGAGCACCUCUCUCUGCUCUACCCGGUUGCUGUUCAGACUCUGUAAAGCUACAGUUGCGGAGGAGCUGCUUUCAAUCCAAAGAGACUGGCAGGAUGAUUGUCCGGACUGCAGAGGGUAUCUAGUUGGGGCGACUCACAGACAAUCUCUCCUGUUGGGGUUCUCGCAUCAUGGAGAGACACAUGCUACUGCUGUCUCCGGUUUCUCAAGCAAUAAAAACCCUACGACACCCAACGUCAGAAGUCUAAAGGUGUACAAAGGGUUUAAAAGGUGGGAGGCCCCUCAUCUGUUCAGACUGGCAGUGGCUCUCCAGCGGC